AUGGAAGAAAAAACUUCUAAGGAACAAGAGCUGUGGAGGGCAGGACUCCCAGGUCCUGGGGGAGGAAGAGACGAGGAUCUGAGGGUCUGGAGUCCAGAAACUCCCCCAAGAGUGCAGACCUCCCCUUGCCUCAGGCCCAUUUUCAUCCCAGUCUUCCGCAGGAUUCCUGCCCCCCUACACACCCCUUUCCCAUUCCUGCAGCGGCGCCUGUUUGAGAAGAAACAGCGACGGAAGCGCCAAGAGCCCCUCAUGGUCCAGGCCAAUCCUGACGCUUCCCUCUGGUCCCGCCGACCGCGUCUGCGGUCCAAACGCCUCUUGGGUUACAGCGGCCUCAGGAACCCUUUCCUCCGGGAGAACGUGCCAGAGGCACAUCUGCAUUCCGGCGCCCACAGUGCCCUGGGCACCGUGAGAUGUAGUGGAGACGGCAGCGACGACCUCAUCCCCUUGACCUCGCCGCCUGAAGCAGACGGUUCCGAUCCAGAGUUGGAGGAAGUCUCCGUGGAGGACGUUCCGGCCUUCCCCCCUCCUUUUAAAGAGCACCCAGGGACGACACGCAGGGGUUGGCCACCCCUCCAGCAACUUGGAUCCAAUGCGGUGGACAAGAGCGAAUCCCAGGAUGUUGUACAUGAAUACGAAUCACCUAGUCCAGAACCAAAGUCUGGAAGGGAUGAUGGUGAUCCAGAGAGUGGAGACUGGGCCUCCAACAAGGAAGAAGACCUGGAAGAAAAACUGGAAGAAAAGGAAGAAGAGUCAGAGUCUACACUGAGGAACUUGCCAGAGGUGGCUGACGAGGCAAUGUCCGAGGCCCCGGAAGGCGAUGGCAGCGCGAGGUUCAGCGAUGUGGGGAGCUCACCUCUCUCGUCUCUCCUUGCCCCAGGCCCUCAGCUAGGCGAGGACAUGGAAGCAUAUGUGCUGCGGCCAGCGGUGCGCGGCUGCACAGUGCAGUGUUGCAUUAGCCGCGACAAGCGCGGCGUAGACAAGGGCAUGUUCCCUUUCUACUAUCUCUACCUGGAAGCGGUCGGUGGCCAGGGCCGGAAGCACUUCCUCCUCGCUGGGCGCAAGAGGAAAAGGAGCACAACCUCUAAUUACCUCAUCUCCCUGGACCCCACAGACCUGUCUCGGGACGGGGACAACUUUGUGGGCAAAGUCAGGUCUAAUGUCUUGGGCACCAAGUUCACCAUCUUCGACAAUGGGGUGAACCCCGAAAGGAAGUAUUUCAUCCCAGAGACUGCUCGGAUCAGGGAGGAGCUAGGCGUUGUGUGUUACGAGACCAACGUCUUGGGGUUCCGAGGGCCUCGGAAAAUGACUGUGAUCAUUCCAGCAAUUGACGCCCAGAACGAGAGAAUCAGCGUCCAGCCGCAAAAUGAAGGGGAGUCGCUACUGAGUCGCUACCAACGGGGGGCCAACCAGGGGCUGGUCCUGCUGCAAAACAAAGCCCCAUCAUGGAGCGAAGAGACCGGCAACUACGUGCUCAAUUUUCAUGGCCGAGUCACUCAGGCCUCGGUCAAGAACUUCCAGAUCAUGCAUCCAGAUGAUCCCGACUACUUGGUGCUUCAGUUUGGUCGCGUGGCCCCAGACAUGUUCACCAUGGACUUCUGCUUCCCACUCUGCCCACUGCAAGCCUUCGCCAUCUGCUUGUCCAGUUUCGAUGGGAAACUGGCGUGUGAAUAAUCCACGGAAAUAUAAUACCGUUUAACAGCU